AUGGAUUAUGGAAAUCAAACUUUGGUGACUGAGUUUUUUUUUGUGGGCUUAACAAAUCACUUUCAUCACCAGGUUGUCCUCUUUGUGAUAUUUCUCUUGGUUUAUCUCAUCAGUCUUUUGGGAAACUUGGGGAUGAUCACCCUCAUUUGCAUGGACUCCCGACUCCACACCCCCAUGUACUUUUUUCUCAGUCACUUGUCCUUUGUGGAUGUCUGUUCCUCUUCUGUCAUUGGUCCCAAGAUGUUGACUGACAUCUUUGUGCAGAAAAAAGUCAUCUCUUUCUUUGGUUGUGCUCUCCAGUUAUGGUUUUUUGUUCAUUUUGUUGUGACUGAAUGUUUCCUCCUGGCUUCCAUGGCAUAUGAUCGGUAUAUGGCCAUAUGUAAGCCAUUGUUGUAUACAUUCAUUAUGUCUCAGCGGGUCUGUGUGCAGCUGGUGGUAGGGCCGUAUACUGUGGGUCUUUUAAUUGCCACGACCCAUACAACUUCUACCUUUUGCCUGCCUUACUGUGGCCCCAAUAUCAUCAAUCACUUCUUCUGUGACCUUCUUCCUAUUCUCUCCCUGGCGUGUGCAGACACCCAAGUCAAUCAGGUUUUACUUUCCAUUUUGGCUGGAGCUGUAGGAGUACUCAGUGGUGUGAUCAUCUUGGUCUCCUACAUUUACAUUGUUAUCGCUGUCCUGAGGAUCCGCUCUGCUGACGGGAGGCGUAAGGCCUUCUCCACCUGCACUUCACACCUGACAGCUGUCUCCAUCCUUUAUGGGACACUCUUCUUUAUCUAUGUCCAUCCAAAUUCUAGUUUCUCCCUGGACAUUGAUAAAGUGGUUUCUGUGUUCUACACAGCAGUGGUUCCCAUGUUGAACCCCGUCAUCUACAGCCUGAGAAACAAAGAGGUCCAGGAUUCAUUCAGAAGAGUAUUUGAAAGGAAGAAGUUUCUUAUGUGUAGGUAA